AGGGUUGAUUGCAAGAGACAAUUGGUUGUUAUGAAUCUGCUCGCGCUUUGAGUCAAAUGCAUUGAUUAUUUAAAAAGAUUUACAGAUUUGCCCUGGUUGAAGAAAUAAUUCACACAAGUGAUACAGAAAUGGCUAACACAUCACGUAAGUGGUAUAAUUUUGUUCGAAAAAAGGACAACAUUGCGGAAACCAGUGAUUUGGUGCUGAAAUCACCCAUACCAAUCAACGAACAAUGCAACACGGAUGUAAAACUAAAUGGGAAUAAGACAGGGCAUUCGCUUGCUAAUCGACUGAAAAUUGCAGCUAUUUACGAUGACAUACAAGCAAUCAUAAAUAUCUUGAGUGUUAACAACAGUAAUAAGGAAAUUCAAAGAUUACUUUCCAAACGUGACGAAAGAGGCCGACCAUGUAUAUUUUAUGCUUUGGAGUCACGAAGUCUUAAUUCUUUUUCUUGUUUGUUAAACUACAUUCAAGAAACCAAGUGUGUGAUUGCCGAGAAUGGGGAGACUGUACUUCAUGUAGCUGCAAAAAUUGGAGACGUAUAUAUUCUUCGCAACUUGUUAGAGAAGGAUUUUGUGGCUGAACUUGUGAACAAUGUUGAAAACAUAAAUGCCCGCUCACCACUUCAUUUUGCAGCAAUGCACAACAAUUUGAACAUAGCCAAAGAGUUUUUGCAACACGGUGGAAAGAUAACAGAGGAUGAUAUGACAGAAAAAUCUCCACUGCACAUCGCCGCAUAUGAAGGACAUACAAAAAUGCUGGAUCUAUUCUUAAAACACGAAAAAGGCAGAUUAAAAGCGUUAUUGUUCAGUGAGGAGUACGGGGGCUCUCAAUACCGUAAUAUUCUUCAUGUCGCUAUAAACAGCGGAAAUGAAAGUUUAGUAGAAGUUUGUUUGCAGCAAGAUGAAAACAUAAUACGCUCCUGUUUGUCACAAGAAAUAAAAAAUAAUAAUCAUUUAAUACAUGAUGUUUGUAAAUACGGGAUGGAAAAGCUAUUGUCGCGAUUCGUCAGCAUGAUGGGAGAUCUAGAUCUGGUGCUAUUGAACCGAAAAGAUGAACGAGGACACACUCCGUUACAUAGAGCUGCCAUCAAUAACCACAGCAGUCUUGUGAGUUACAUUGGAUCUCUGUCUAAAGACUUUGUCAACGAGUUAACGAAUUACUCCCAGUCCGCUCUAAUUCUUGCUACACAACUUGGUCAUAUCGAAGUUGUUAAAGAACUGCUAAAACUUAAAGCCGAUUUUACCAUACGCGACAACAGCUAUAAAACAGUUCUUCAUUAUGCAAUUGCAUAUCCUGAAAUAUUAAAAAUUUUGCUAAAGAAAAAUAAUGUCAUUAGUUCAUUAAUAAAUGAAAUAACAGCAGAUGAUGGUUACACUCCACUUCAUGACGCAGCUUGUAAAGGUUUCAUUGAGAGUGUUGAAAUUCUGAUAGAACAUGGUGCUGAUCUAAAUGUUUUCACCAAAGCCCAUCAGUCACCAUUACAUUGUGCCGUUAUUUCUCAGAAACCUGAUGUUGUGAAAAUUAUACUCGAUCAUGAGCCAGCCUUGACUAACAAAAUUGAUGCCAAUAAACAAACACCACUUCACACAGCAGCUGAGUGCGGUGAUCAAGAAAUAGUUACAUGUCUUUUGCAUAGGGGAGCUAUAUUACUAAGGCAUGCUUUCAAUGCAUUUUAUUUUGGGAAAAAAUUCCUGAAAACAUCAUUUUUCGGAAUGUUUUUUAGACAAAAAAUUAAACCUUAAACAAAUGUUAUGUUUAUACUUUUAGGAAUAAGGACGAGUCCACCCCACUUCAUAUCGCAGCACAGCAUGGAAAUGUCGAUGUCGUCAAAUUAUUGUUAGAUCAUGAUUAUUCCAUGAUAGACAUGGAGACUAAAGAUAAACGGACAGCAAUGCUUGAAGCUGCCUUUCAUGGCAAGCAAGAUGUUUUGGAAUAUUUACUGGAUAACAAGGCAACCAUUACAAAAGAUUAUGAAUUCAUGAACUGCUUUGAUUGGGCUAUUGAAAAUGGUGAUCAAGAGAGCGCUAAGAUGAUGAUGCGUCAUAGUAGAUGGAGAGAGAUUUUAGAAAAAUCGUUACACAAUCCUGAAGUACAGAUGGCAAAAUUGGUUUCAAAAAACAUGUCAGAUGUGGCUUACCAAGCUCUUUGUAACAGCAUGAUUUCCACAGGUGACCCAGAAUGUGAUGACCGUAAAGUUGAAUACGACUUCAUAUGUUUACAAGGUAGUGCCAAAGUCAAAGCGAUGGUGGAUAAUAAAAGCUACAAAUGUCUUUCUCAUCCUGUCUGUUUGAAAUAUCUUAAAGAAAAGUGGAGAAAUAACACAUGGAAAUAUUACACACUUGAAUUGUUUA